AUGGCGUCCUCUUCUUCUCCGUCGGAAGGUAUAGGUUUAGGGUUAUCGGAAGAAGAUUACGACCAAAUCUAUGGCUCUGAAUCGGGAUGGGUGGAGGCUCGAACUUCAUGCGAUCACCUGCCCUCCUUGUCCGCCGAUCUCACCCACAUUCCGCCGCCGAACACACCCUGCCACACCUGCCAACACCCCUCUGAAAACUGGUUGUGCCUCUCCUGUAAGCAGGUUCUCUGUAGCCGUUUCGUGAACAAGCACAUGCUCCACCAUUUCCGCCACACUAAUCACUCUCUCGCCCUCAGUUUCAGUGAUCUCUCCAUCUGGUGUUUCUCUUGCGACGCUUACUUGGAUGCUCAACUCGUUCCCCAACUGCGUCCUGUUCAUCAAGUAGCUUACAUAAUGAAAUUCGGCGAGCCUCCACCACUCCCACUUACUCAACAUCAACCGUCCCCUGCAACUUCAGACCAGUAA